AUGUCGACUUGGAACGACGCCGAGGUGGCAGAACUGGGACGAAAAGGAAAUGACCAUGCCAGACGAACUUGGCUGAAGAAUGCACCACCUGUUGGGUCUGGCGGGCGGCCCAAGAAUGGAGAUGUUAUUGAUGUAUUUAAGCGCUUUGUUGUCGAUACCUACGAACGAAAACGAUACUAUGGAGAAGAUGAAGGACCACGAGCUCAAGCUCCUGCUGCUGUGCCUCAGGCUCCACCAGCUGCUCGUCAAGCACCUCCUGUCCGUGCUCCAGUGGUAACACCACCUGCACCGGCUCCUGCGGUUGAUCUGUUCGACGUUUCGACACCAUCGCAAACAUCCUCGAGCCAACCGGCUCCAGCAUUUGAAGCCAAUUUUGGCGCCUUUGGAAGUUCGGCACCUGCACCAGCUGAAUCACAAUCAGGUUUUGGAUUCAUCUCCUCUCCUCCAGCAGCGCCAGCACCACAACCCGCGGAUCCUUUUGCAGCGCAACCCACCACCACAUCGGCGUCAACGUCAGCUUUCGGAUUCAUCAAACCACCACCUGCCUCGGCGCCGCCGACGGCAUCACCAACUCCAGUAGCUGCACCUUCCACAUCAUCAGGUUCUGCAUUCGGAUUCAUUAGCAACAGUCCUGCACCAGCUGCAUCUACCAAUGAUGGCGGCUUUGCCGAUUUUUCAGGAAUGUCGAACUCAAUUCCGGCUUCCACUCCGGUACCAGCACCCGCCGUCAAGAAGCCCAUCAUGGGUAACCCCAGUGGAGGACAAAAAGCUUCCGUGAUUUCUUCCAUGGACUUGUCAUCACAGUCGAAGUCACAGUCGACGGGCAUGGGUUUUGGAAUGGCACAGCCUGGCUUUGGCGGCGGCAUGCAAUCUCAGCAGCCUAACAUGAUGAAGGUGCCACCCAACAUGAUGGGGUACACUCCGCAACAACAACAGCAAAUGAUGAUGCAGCAGCAGCAAAUGAUGAUGCAGCAACAACGCGUGAUGCAACAAAAUAUGAUGGGCAUGAACAUGAACAAUGGCAUGGGUGGUGGUGGUAUGAACAUGAACAUGAUGAACAAUGGUGGUAUGGGGGGUAUGAACGGAAUGAACAUGAUGGGAAAUCAGCGACAAUCGGGGUUUGGAACUGCAUAUGUUGCGAACAGCAAGCAAUCCAUGAAUUCGCUCGACAUGAACAUCUCUUCCAUGAGUGCCUACACUUCUGGUAACAAGAAGUAA